CACGUUUUGUUGACGUCACGCGUUGUGGGCUUUUCGCGGGAUUCGAAGGCCUGUGUGACUCAGGAAGGGGAUAAAAGCAGUGAAUAAAAGCACAGAGUCCCAAGAUUCUGCAGGGGGUCUUUGCAGACUGUGAAGGAUGCCCCCAAAGAAAAAGCCCAGAGUGAGUAAAGUGUCUGCAAAUUCAGCAAUUGAAGGCAAAGAGAAAACCCCUGCAGCCGGCGGAAAGAGAAAAGCUGCAGCUCCUGAUGCAAAAGCCGGGAAGGUUCCUGAACCUUCCGUCUCUCCCGUUUUCACCCGCUGGCUCAUGAAGUCUGAGCCUGAGAGCCGCUUUGAAAACGGCGUCGACGUGAAGUUUGGCAUCGAGGACCUGAAGGCUCUGCCCCAUAAGACCGGCUGCUGGGACGGCGUCCGCAACUAUCAGGCUCGCAACUUCAUGAGGCAGAUGAAAGUGGGGCAGCAGGCCUUCUUUUACCACAGCAACUGCAAGGAUCCGGGGAUCGCAGGGAUUAUGAUAAUCGUGAAGGAAGCCUACGUGGACCACACUCAGUUUGACGAGAAAGACGUUCACUACGAUGCGAGCAGCACGCCGGACAACCCCAAGUGGAGCAUGGUGGACGUUCAGUUUCAGAGAAUGAUGAAGCGUUUUGUUCCUCUGAGGGAGUUGAAGGAACUCCACCUCCAGCACCGUGCCAACGGAGGACCUCUGAGGGACGUGGCUCUGUUCACCAGGGCCCGGCUCUCCGUUCAGCCUCUCACUCCAGAGGAGUUUGACUUCAUUUUGAGUCUGGAGGACAAAGAGCCGCUGUGAAGACCGGGUUCAUGACGCCGUGAAGCCGUUCACUGUUUAGAAUAAUAAAUCAGUUUGUUUGGACCAAAGAUUUCUUCUGGGACCUUGCUUUAGCAGGAAUACAUUAAACUGUUGCAUGCACGAAGGAUGCAUUCACAACAUAUGGACAACAUGACACCACACGCGCAAGAUCUGCUCGAUGACUACCUUUGGUUUUUAUCUGUCGAGUUCCCAAUGCAACGCGCUAAAUCUUAAAUGUAAAAAAAGAGGACGCAGUGCUUUGCUACUAAUUGUGAACACUAUGACAGACAGAUAAGGUCCAAGAGUAUCACAUUUUCCAGGGCGAGAAAAGUUUUAAUAAAAAAAUAGUGAGGUCAGCUGUGCUAGCUUGACUUUGACAAUCUCAGCAUGUAGAUGUGCUGUGGAAUUUGGUGUGUACCGAGUGCACAUAUUUGGAAUUAAAUUACUGAAAUAUAUAUAUUUUUUACUGACAUUCUACUGACUGACUUAGUGUUGCAUCACACAGCAUGAUCGGUCAAAUAUUGUGCCUUGACGCUGACCAGGCAGGAACAUUAGACGUGUGACCUUCCUCUGAACACAAAUUGGAAUUUUGUUACCCAACCGAUACAAGAGUCACUUCAUGUUGUUCAUGAGGAGAAAAUGAAAAUUGUGCACAAUGCCGAUCUAAAUUAUGCGUCUCAUGUUUGCAUGACAGGAAGUGAUGAUGAAAAAUGCAGCAACGACUUCAUCGAGUUGAACGCGAUUACAUCAGGGAAGACGACUCGUCUUUUUUCUUUUCUUUCUUUUGGCAGAGACACUAUGCAUUAUAAUGUUGAAGAAGAGACGGAUUUUCCUCCUUGGAUCUGCAACCCACCUGGGUGCGAACAUUUGCCGAUAGGAAUUCCUCAAAAAGAGUUAGCAAUUGUUACCACUGUUGCCUCACAGAAAAAGGUCAUACCCAGAGACCACACUGCAGUUUUCUUCUCGAUUGAGGGACAUUGUUUUCGAAAGAGGCUGAAUGCCGGCUUUUAUUUUAGAGGCAGCACUUUUCUUUUAAA